UCACACUCCUAAUCUCAGCUUCUUCCUCCUCCUCCCAUCUUGACACUAAUUUCUAACCCCCCCUGCCCCCAAACCCAUGGCAAGAUCUGCUAUCUGACUUUUGGAUCGGCUUUGUACAUUGCGGGACCUGAGUCUAAUCAUACAUGGUGUCAGAGGCACUGAGGGAUUUGUACUUUUGUGUUUGAGAUUGAUAUCUCUCUUACUGUUUAGUGUUUAUAGGUCUUUCUCUCUUCACAGGAUUACAAAAGAAUCCCGCUAUGCCUCUGGGAACACCUGCCCCCCUAAACAAGCGGAAAAAGCCCUCCAAGAUCAUAACUGACCUAUCGCAUAUCAGUCAGGAUGAGUUUGAGUUGGAGCCAGAAGCAUCAGAGUUCGAUCUGGGAACUAAGAUCAGGACCCCCAAAGAGAUCAUGCUGGAGGAGCUCUCUCUGAUGAAUAACCGAGGCUCCAAGAUGUUCCGGAUGAGGCAGAAGAGAGUUGAGAAGUUUAUCCACGAGAACAACCCAGAUGUUUUCACCAGUGACUCAAUGGACAACUUCCAGAAGUUUGUUCCAUCCUUGGGAGGUCAGAUAGGAGGCCAGUUUAUAAAUCUUGGAGGGCAUUAUGUAAGCAAAGAGACAAAACAUAUGUAUUUAGGAGCUACACCUGUAGGAGGAGGGGCACCAGUGCCUCCACCUAAGCCUGGAAGCAAGGGGGCAGGAGCAGGAGGAGCAGGAGGAGCAGAUGGCGCUGGAGGUGCAGGAGGACUAGGACUGGCUGGGGAUGAAAGAGAUAGUAAAGGAGACGGAACAGGAGCUAGAAAAGAUGGUAAAGGUAAGACCCUGGUGGUCGUAAAGACGUAUGUGUCCCCAUGGGAGAAAGCCAUGAAGGGUGAUGAGAACCUGCUGGCAACUCUUAAAGCUGAAAUGCCUGGUCCUGUGGACAGGAAAGCUUUGCCAAAAUACAAAAGCUUCAACAGGAUGGCCACACCGUACGGUGGCUUUGAAAAGGCCAACCAGUUCAUGAAAUUCCAGUUGCCAGAAACUGAGGUGACCAAAGAGGAACCUGAACCCGCAGUGGUGUACCAACAUGACAUCGGCUGCCGUCCCUCUUUCAAUCGUACCCCUAUCGGCUGGGUGACCAGCAACGAGCCCAGCAGCAUCCACAUGGAGACAGAUGCCGUGCCCUUUGAUGGGGAAACAGACGAGCUGUGAAAAUAUAAUACUGUGAUUGCAAAUACUCCCAUGUUUGCCUGACUGUAUGGCUAAAGUUCAGCAUGCACAAACCCACUGUAGGUGAGCUAAAGGUCCCUGUAGAACUGAUGAAAUAGAAUGAAACAGUAUGAAAAAAACAGAAAGUGUAAAUGCUUGUAUCUUCCUCUGUAAUGAGUUGUAACGUAAACAAAAAGCUGUAGGUGAUGAAAUGUCAAACUUUAAUUACAGCUUUAAAAGUUCCAAACUUCUAGAAAAGAGAAAAAAAAUUGCUUGUGUAUGAAGAUGGAGAUUCCUACUUUAAGAUGUCUGUGUGUGCACCAUUAACGUAAAUGUUACUUCAUUUAUUUCCCCUUGCAUUUUUGCUAAAACUCUUUAUUCAUAUACUGUAGGUAAAAAUACUACACAAUAUGUUCUUAUACUAAAUUACCUAAAUCAACUUGCCUCUCAUAGAGUGAUAAAAUCAGAUUUCCUCUUAAGGGUUUAUUAGACAAUGUCUACUGUUCUUAAGAUAAAUUGAUCGAGACUGGAAGUUUUCAAACUUAAAGCAGAAACCUCUCACAAAUAAUAAAAAUAAGUUUUACAAAUAAUGUAAAGGUGGAAGGAAAAAGUCCCAUGUUAACAAAAUA